GUUGUCGUUGACGUCAACAGCCAAGUGGCAAGUUUCAGAGACUUGCUGAUUCAGAUAGGAGGGCACAGAGAUGGGCCGGAGCUUCGAGAAAAGAUCCGCAAAGCCAGACGCCACUGCGUCGAGUCCUGCAAACAGGCGGCCCUUAUUCUCUUGCCGCACGUCAAAAGCGUCUACGCAACCGGAAUUCCGGUGGACUGUCAGAACCUGGUGCUGUUCUUCUUCAUGGUUCAGAUGUUCUGGAGGGAACUGGAAAAAUGUCUUCAUUUAGUUCAGUUAAUUCCGAUGGACAUGGCGGAAUACUUCGUUCUUGUUGUCAUCAUAGAAACGAGAGCCGGUCCAUCGAACUUCGGGAAUGUCAUAACGCAGAUCCUGCUGUGCAAGCAACUAGCUCCAGACUUCAACGUCGAAGAGGUGUUCAGCGUGUCAAAAGACAUCAGAGAGAUCGAACGGCUUCUGGCGGAGAUGCAGGAGUUCAUGCCAGAGCAAGAACAGGACAUGGAGCGUGCGGAAGCGUUGACGGAGAAUGCAGCAGCCCCAUGGACGGAUCGAACAGGAGAGGAGUCUGUCUGCACGAUGAGCUUCUUCUGCUGCGUAAGCCGACAGAACUACAUCUGACCUCGAAGGUGGAUCCGGAGGUCCAGACGAGCGAUUCGAACACUCGUGAAUAAGGUCCAUGACCAAGUGCGCGCGAAGGUCCCCCAGGUAUUCAAAAACCAGAUCCGCCGAUAGGCAUACACACCCAUAACCCACGGACACCGAAUCCCCGAUCCCAUUGCGACACUUCCUGUAAAGAAAUCACGAUUACAUUAUCGUAUUCUUUCUCUUCUUCUUUGUUUCUGUUAGCGAAAUUGUUGAGCCAAUCUAAUAGA